GUGUGUAGUUUAAAUGUACAAAUCAAAUCUGAGGUUAAGUUAUCGUAAGAUGACAAUCAAAAAUAAACUUUUAAGUUAAUUAAAUACUAGAAGAUAAUACUAAAAUAUACUAAAAUGCACGGAAGAUUGAAAGUAAAAUCAACGGAAGUACAAAAGGAAGAAAAACGAAGGGAGCAACAAAAGAAGCUCACAGCAUAUCGGAUGGGCAUGAAAAAGAUCUUAUCAUCCCGAAAAUCUGAUUCUUAUGAUGCUGAGUCGUUUGCAAUUGCGUCUCAAUUAUUAUUUGUUAAUCCAGACAUUUAUACUUUGUGGAAUUAUAGAAAAGAAGCAAUAUUAAUUGAGAAAGACAAAAGCUGUGAGGAUGAAACAGAAGGGGAAGAGAAGUUUAUAAAGUUCCUUGAAUCAGAAAUAUCACUAACAGAACAGUGCCUUCUAGCCAAUCCAAAAUCUUACGGAUCAUGGCAUCAUCGAUACUGGGUUUUAAUGUUACAUCCUAAACCAAAUUGGGACAAAGAAUUUAAUCUAUGCAACAAAUACUUAAGUUAUGAUGACAGAAAUUUUCACUGUUGGGAUUAUAGGAGACUGUUGGUGAAUAAAAUAGGUAUAACUUUGUCUGCAGAGUUGAAAUUUUCAGAAGAUAGACUGAAUGUAAAUUUUUCUAAUUAUUCUUCGUGGCAUUAUAGAAGUAAACUGAGAACAUUGGAUGAAUCUAGUGUCGAGGGAGAAUUAUCACUUGUUCAAAGUGCUGUGUUUACAGAUCCAGCAGACAGCAGUGCCUGGUUUUAUUUAAGAUGGGUUUUAAGUAAUCCAGCUCUUACCAAAGAUAAAAAGCAAGAACUGCUUGAGGCGUUAGAACAAUUGCAAGAAUUAGAGCCUGAUUGUAAAUGGAUCUUAUUGGCCAAAUGUUGGCUUACUGGUAGUUUGGUUCUAAGCGAUAGUGAAUAUGUAGAUAAGAGAGCUGUGUAUUAUAAAGAGCUGAUUAAAUUGGAUCCCCUAAGGAAAGGCCAGUACCAACAGUAUUUAGAUGCAGCACAAAAAUGAUGAAAUGUAACAAUAAUCAUAGGAUUUAAAGUAUUUUGCAUUCCUACAUUUGUAUAUUAAGUAUAAAUAUUCUUUAUUAAUAUAACAUUUAAGAACAAAA